AUGAUGGGGAUUGUGGGCCCAUCGGACUGGGACUUUGGGCCCACCUCCUCGGAGCCGCUUGAGCUGCACCCGAGGCUUGUUUCUCAGUCUCUCGUCAUUCCAGAGAAAUUCCAGCACAUCUUGCGAGUGCUCAACACCAACAUAGACGGGCGACGGAAGAUCGCCUUUGCCAUCACCGCCAUCAAGGGGGUGGGCAGGCGUUACGCCCACGUGGUGCUGAGGAAGGCCGACAUUGACCUGACCAAGAGGGCCGGUGAACUCACGGAAGACGAGGUGGAGCGCGUCAUCACCAUCAUGCAGAACCCCCGGCAGUACAAGAUCCCCGACUGGUUCCUCAACAGGCAGAAGGAUGUCAAGGACGGGAAGUACAGCCAGGUCUUGGCCAACGGGCUGGACAACAAGCUCCGGGAGGACCUGGAGCGCCUGAAGAAGAUCCGAGCCCAUCGGGGCCUGCGCCACUUCUGGGGCCUGCGUGUCCGUGGCCAGCACACCAAGACGACCGGCCGCCGUGGCAGAACCGUGGGCGUCUCGAAGAAGAAGUAA